AUGGAUUACCUAGUUGGGAUUUUUCUGCUGUUGUGUGGGGUGGCUUUACCUGGAAGAGUUGCACCCCAGCACACCAAAGACAAUGUGCCCAGACUCAAGCUCUCUUACAAGGAAAUGCUGGAAUCCAGUAAUCUAGUGACUUUCACCGGAUUGGCAAACAGUUCAGGUUACGACACGUUCUUGAUGGAUGAGGAAAGAGGGAGAUUACUGGUUGGAGCGGAGGAUCAUGUCUUCUCUUUUGACCUGGUCAACAUCAACAGAGAUGUCAAACAGAUCGCCUGGCCUGCCACACCUUCCAAACGUGAUGAAUGCAAGUGGGCUGGAAAAGACCUUGUGAAAGAAUGCACAAACUUUGUGCGUGUGCUGCAGUCGUAUAACCAGACGCAUAUUUACAUAUGUGGGACUGGAGCCUUCCAUCCUAUCUGUUCUUACCUGGAGAUGGGGAAAAGAGCAGAGGACAACAUCUUUAGACUGGAUGCCAGCUACUUAGAUAAUGGACGUGGGAAAAGUCCCUAUGAUCCAAAGAUGCAGUCCUCAUCCCUCCUGAUCGAUGGAGAACUGUAUUCUGGAACAUCAGCAGACUUCAUGGGGCGAGACUUUGCCAUUUUCCGAACACUUGGGUCACAUCAUCCAAUCAGAACUGAGCAGCAUGAUUCCAGAUGGCUGAAUGACCCCAGGUUUCUAGGAAUCCACCUGAUCCCAGAGAGCGAUAAUCCUGAAGAUGACAAGAUCUUCCUGUUCUUCAAAGAGAAUGCCAUGGAUGGUGAACAUACAGGCAAAGCUACUAUCUCCAGGAUAGGACAACUGUGUAAGAAUGACAUGGGCGGACACAGGAGUCUCGUGAACAAAUGGACGACCUUCUUGAAAGCCAAGCUGACCUGCUCAGUGCCCGGUCUCAAUGGCAUAGACACACAUUUUGACGAGCUGCAGGACGUGUUUCUGAUGAGUGCUAAAGACCCAAAGAAUCCAGUGAUCUACGCUGUCUUUACUACAUCCAGUAAUAUCUUCCGAGGAUCAGCUAUAUGCAUGUAUAGUAUGGCAGACAUCCGAAGGGUAUUUCUAGGUCCAUAUGCCCACAGGGACGGGCCAAACUACCAGUGGGUUCCCUUCCAGGGCAGAGUGCCAUACCCCCGUCCUGGCACAUGUCCCAGCAAAACGUUCGGAGGUUUUGACUCCACCAAAGACCUUCCCGAUGAUGUAAUAACAUUUGCACGCCUGCACCCAGCCAUGUAUAACCCUGUGCAACCGAUGGGUGGGAAGCCCAUAGUUGUGCGCACAAACGUGGAGUACCAGUUCACUCAGCUGGUAGUGGACCGUGUGGAAGCUGAGGACGGCCAGUACGAAGUCAUGUUCAUCGGCACAGAUUUAGGAACUGUGUUGAAGGUGGUGACCAUUCCCAGGGAAAGCUGGCAUGAUCUGGAAGAAGUGGUGCUGGAAGAGAUGACAGUGUUUAGGGAACCAACACCUAUAACUGCCAUGGAGCUCUCCACUAAACAACAACAGCUGUACCUCGGGUCAGAUUUAGGGAUUUCCCAGAUGCCCCUGCACCGCUGUGAGGUCUACGGGAAGGCCUGUGCCGAGUGUUGCCUGGCAAGAGAUCCGUAUUGUGCCUGGGACGGGACCGAAUGCUCUCGAUAUUUUCCCACUGCUAAGAGGAGAACAAGACGUCAGGACAUCAGAAAUGGGGAUCCUCUUUCCCAGUGUUCUGAUCUGCAACAUAAUGAUGAUCUGGAAGGUUACAGCAGUGUGGAGGAGAGAAGUGUGUAUGGUGUAGAGAACAGCAGUAUGUUUCUGGAAUGCAGCCCAAAGUCUCAGAGAGCUCUAAUCUACUGGCAGCUACAGAGACCCAACGACGAGCGGAAACAUGAGAUUGUGAUUGAUGAAAGGGUGAGUCUGACGGUCCAAGGUUUACUGAUCCGAAGUCUAACCCAAGCCGAUUCAGGAGUGUACCUCUGCCACGCCGUGGAGCACGGCUUCAUCCAGCCCUUGAGGCGUAUCAAUCUCCAGGUCAUCCCAUCUCAGCGCGUGGGUGAGCUGCUUCUCCGGGCGGGAGCCAACGAUAAGGAUCCCUCCCCAAAACACAAACUCUGGUACCGGGAUUUCAUGAGCCUGCUGGAACACCCAGAUCUCAACAGUGUGGACGAGUUCUGCGAGCGGGUUUGGAAGCGAGAGAAGAAGCCAAAGGGUAAAAAAGCCCCCAAAGUCAAUACCGGAGCAAGUGUGGGUAUAAAAACAGAGAAAACCUCUCAAACGAUGGCUCAAAACUCACAAAACCCAACGCAGAGAGCCCAAAACACACCCAAAGUGCCGAACAACCCGAGUGUUCAGAUUCUUCCCAAGUCCACCGGCUUGCAGAGAAGUCAAGUCCCGGGAAGUACUAUGAGCACAGAGAUCCAAAGCACCAAACCGGACACGCAGCAGAAGGUCCAGAGUGCUCCCGAGAGCCAAAGAGCACAGCUGAACCAGGGCAAAAGAGGAACCCAGACCCCUCAGAGAGGACCUCCUAACACAGCCAAGUGGAAACAGCUCCAGGAGAACAAGAGGGGGCGCAACCGCAGGACCCACGAACAGCAGAGACCACCGCGCAGCGUGUGAGACGCACACUCAGUCGACGACAUACACUUGUAAACAUCUGCAUCCGUCACUCAUACAACAGACAUGCGUGCAGUGCGGCCAUAAUCGAUUGCACAAAACUCAAAAACGGUGAACUCAACUGGAAUCCUGCUCAUGUCACCAUGUCCCGUUCACCAGGGAAAGCACAUUCUCUUUGUUGUUGUGAUGUGACAGCAAAGACCUCUUACACUACUAGUGUUUCAGAUCCGACGUCAGACACGUGAUAGUUUUCAUCGAAGCACGCAUUUCUGAGACAGUCGUUUGCCAAAAAACCUUGAUUAAAAGGGAUAGUGCCAACGGGAAAAGAAGAUGCAUUUGGUGUCAAAGGAAACUCAUUUGUCGAGGUGACAAAAUGCGGUCUGUGAUUGUGGAAAAGAAUUUGGCACCUGGAAAACUGGAAGCCAGUUGCUCUGAUUUGUAAAGACUGUAAUAUAUGAGCAAGCAUUGUACUGUACAUAGAACAACACUAAGUAAUUAUGGACACAAUUGGUCAAAGGUGAAAAUAAGGCAUGUCUUAGUAACAGCUUGUCUGACCUCUGAUCCUCAGAAGCGUUUUUGAUGUUCGUGUUGUUUCAGAUAAUCAAGUGGGCCUGACUGACUAAAAAAAAGGUCUAACUGUGGUGACCAUUUCUCCCAAAAUGUAGGUUUCAAAAACAACGUGCAUGAGUUGAAUGAAUAAGCUCUUCCAAACCAGUUGCAUAGUCAAACUCUCUGCGGAUUACAGCCGUGUAGUUGAUCGUUCUAAGUGUCGGUUGCGUAAAAAUGAAAGAACAUCUUUUUUCGAUAUUUCCAUAAUGUCUGUAGUGUAUUUCUAAAUUAUUAUUACUCAUAUUUCAUACGUUUACGUCAUUCAUUCGCCAAUUCGGUCUAUGUUAGGCUGAAUGCUGAGUGACCCUAGUAUAUGUACAUAUAUACAGCGGAACACCACUUGAUUAUUUAUUGCUGGUUAUUGUUUAUUGUUCAAAGGGUUGCGUUUAUUUUUGAUAUUUUUUUCUAUUCAGUUGUAAAAGUGGCUGACGGGCCGCAGUACCCAUAGACGGACCAAUUCUUUGUUUUUAGGCUAAGAUUCUUGUUACGUGUUAGCAGAUGGGGCUUUUUUUUUCGGUCUCUUGAGGUUAUCUUUCGUUUUUUCUUUUAUUAACUUCAUUCAUUGUGCAAAACUAACAAGAAAUGAUAAAUCACGUCCAAUGAUUAGCUGUGAAUCUCCUUUUAAAAAAUGUGUGGGUUCGGAUGCCGUGGAGAACACACUGCAUGUGAAUUCUGCCUCUGUGCAUCUUUAUUUUUAUUGUCGGUGUGUGUCGUGCGAGAGCUCAUUUCUGUGCCAUGCAAGAUGGACGAGAUGUGAAUAAUAUUUUUGCCGUUUGCAAAGAUUACUCCAUCUACACGUACUCUGUCCCUUUUUAUGUAUUAUAGGUCCAUAGUCUUUUCACUCAUACAGGUUUCCCCCAACUUUUCUGCAAUUGUCGUUUCAAUGCGAUACAGAGGUAUAUCCACCAGAUGGCUCUCCCGUCCACUCCCUGCCCCAGAUGGAGUUGAUUUGGAGCUGGCUGGUGAAGCAAGGGAGGAGAAGGGAGCUGUCAGUUAUGUAAAAUUGGUGUUUCUGGCAUGCAUUUGGUUGUCUAAAUAAAUAUUUCCUCUAUAAUUU